GAGGGAUAUUCUAACCUAAAGAGCGAAAGGGGCAGACAGACACCGGCUGCAGCCCAUCCGCCCCAUCCAGCACAGCAGAGCACAUGAUUCUCCUCUCCUCCUGCUCUUAAAACCAUCUCUAGCAUCCUCUGGAAGAGAUGACAAGCCAUUAGAUGUGUGCUUUCAUAUCGACUGUGCUCAUCGGAUACACUCGCACAAAGAUACUACAGCCCCGGGUGUUGACAUGGAGCUGGAGCAUUUCGAUGAACGGGACAAAGCACAAAGAUACAGCCGUGCGGGUUCACGUGCGAACGGCCUCCCGAGCCCCACGCACAGCGCCCACUGCAGCCUGUACCGAACCCGGACCCUACAGGCUCUGAGCUCGGAAAAGAAAGCCAAGAGGGUCCGGUUCUACCGCAAUGGAGACCGGUACUUCAAAGGGAUUGUGUACGCUAUUUCCAAUGACAGAUUCAGGUCUUUCGAUGCUCUGCUCGCAGACCUCACCCGCUCCCUAUCAGAUAAUAUAAAUCUGCCUCAGGGCGUCCGGACCAUUUAUACCAUUGACGGGUCGAAGAUUACCAGCAUGGAUCAGCUGGUGGAAGGCUUUGCGUACUUCUGCAUGAUGGAUCUGUUGAUAAGUGUCAGUAAUGGCUUCGCAGAUGAACCACAUCGUAGGAAUGCACUGAGAGAAAAACCCAGUAAAAAGCUUCCUGUCAAACAGGACAUAAACCUGCAGGAGGUGGCAAGCCUUCAGGACUUCUUUGGUGAAGAUGAUAUAUUUCUUGCCUGUGGCCCAGAGAAGUUCCGCUACCAGGAUGACUUCCUGUUGGAUGAGAGUGAGUGCAGGGUGGUGAAAUCGCAGUCCUAUGGGCGUAUUUCUUCCAUGCAGGGCCGCAGCUCUCCCCGCAGCUGUGGACUUUCAAGAAGGAGCAAGUCCCCUGGUUCCAGCAGCUCAGGGCCGCAGCUCUCCCCGCAGCUGUGGACUUUCAAGAAGGAGCAAGUCCCCUGGUUCCAGCAGCUCAGGUGUGCGCAGAAGGCUGCCGACACACACUACAUACAUCCUCUCCUCCUCUCCCACUCUCAUUCAUACUCUCGCUGCCUAACAGUCACUAUGAGCGCAGGAGGAAUCGCAGUUUGCUCUGGCAGCUUGCUGCACUCUUUAGCAGUUAGGACAAACGGGUUAGUGCUGCAAACUCGUAAAGCUAACGGAACAGCAGGUAGUCAGCUCUCGACCCCACGGUCAGGCAAAUCUCCCAGUCCAUCUCCCACCAGUCCAGCCAGUCUGAGAAGACGAAGGGGCUCUCAGCACAGUGGCUCCUCCCUCUCUCUGGCCUCCACCAAGGUGUGCAGCUCCAUGGAUGAGGGCGAUGGGCCGGGCAGUGAAGCUGAGCUGAUGGAGGAUUGUCCUCAGGUUCCUGCUUCCAUAGCCGAAAGGUACAAGGUGGGGCGAAUGAUUGGCGAUGGGAACUUUGCUGUGGUCCGAGAGUGUGUGGAGAGAUCCACAGGCCGAGAGUACGCUCUGAAGAUCAUUAACAAGAGCAAAUGCAGAGGGAAGGAACACAUGAUCCAGAAUGAGGUGUCCAUUCUUCGGAGAGUGAAGCAUCCUAAUAUUGUUCUGCUGAUUGAAGAAAUGGACACAUACAGUGAACUUUACCUGGUCAUGGAGUUGGUCAAGGGUGGUGACCUCUUUGAUGCCAUCACCUCCUCCAACAAAUACACAGAGCGGGACGCCAGCAGAAUGCUGUAUAACCUGGCCAGCGCUAUCAAAUAUCUGCACAGCCUUAACAUUGUUCACCGUGACAUCAAACCUGAGAAUCUUCUGGUCUAUGAGCACCAGGAUGGAAGCAAAUCCCUGAAACUGGGGGAUUUCGGCUUGGCAACAGUUGUGGACGGUCCGCUUUACACUAUAUGUGGCACCCCGACCUAUGUAGCUCCAGAGAUUGUCGCAGAGACGGGGUAUGGAUUGAAAGUUGAUAUCUGGGCGGCCGGAAUCAUAACAUACAUAUUGCUUUGCGGCUUCCCUCCUUUCCGUGGGAGCACAGAUGAUCAGGAGGCUCUUUUUGACCAGAUUAUGAUGGGACAGCUGGAUUUCCCUCUUCCAUACUGGGACAAUGUAUCUGACUCUGCAAAGGCACUUAUUACCUGCAUGCUAGAGGUGGAGGUCGAACAGAGAUACACAGCUCUCCAGGUGUUAGACCAUCCCUGGGUCAAUGAUGACAGGAUGUGUGAGAAUCAGCACCAGUUGUCUGUGGCCGGCAAGAUUAAGAAACAUUUCAACAUGGGCCCCAAACCCAACAACACCACAGCAGGAGUCACUGUCAUAGCAACCACCCCUCUUGAUAAGGAGAGGCAGGUUUUCAGACGAAGACGCCACCAGGAUGUGAAAGCGGCUGCUCCCCGCAGCACCCAGAGCACCUUCCCCUCCAGCCGCACCACCGGCCCGACCCUCUCUCCAGCAGAGUUCACCUCCGAGUCAGAGGAUAUUUCCCCCAGCUCGGCCGAAACGGUCCGCUCACCCACAUCACCAUUUUAAGCAAAGGAAUCAAUGGAAAAUGAUCUAGAAAGAAAAGGUAAAUCGCCUUGUGAAUAGCAAAAGAUGACAGUUUUUGAAAAUGAAUGUUUGUUACGUGGUGGAGCAGAUGUGGUUAACUAGGACUGGAUGGGCUGGUUUUCUCUGUUCAAAUUCUGUGAGGGUAGCACACCUGAACAGGUGUAAAAAUAAUCUCACUCUCUUAACAGUUUUUCAUCCGAAUUGAGAAGCCCUUGUCAUUGUUUAAGAGUUUUCUCUUCAUAACUACCGUUUGGUGCUAUAUGAGGUUUUGUUUGUAGACCAUCCUACUCUUGAUAGAAAGUAUUGCAGCCAAACCUCCCGCUCUGUUUCUAGUUAUCACACACACAUGAUCGUGUGUUUAAUACUCAUAAUAAACCUGCAAUGUCUUAACAUCUUUUCUUUCAGCGACAAAAUCUUUUACGUGAGUUUUUUACCUUUUGUAUGAACUUUAUAUAUUUUAAAUAUUUUAGGUUUGAACAUUUAUUUCAAACGGAUAACUUAUAUUUGCGUAUUUCAGCCUUAUUUUCUUUGAGAAACAUGUUUUCUGUCUGUUGGUUAGACAUUAGAAUGUUCUUUCUAAAAUGUGUAAAAUGCCUGACUAGUUGAAGCUCUUUUUGAUGUAUGUGGCUGUAGAAAUGCUUGUUUGAACUUAAUGCAAUCCAAGUAAUGGGUGUUUAUUUAACACGUAUGACGUUCGAUGAUUAGAAACUUGUCAGUUCUUGCUGCUGCUAUAAUAAUCUCUUCAGCUGUAAAUUCAGUUCUGUCAACUACUAUUUGUCAUGAAGAUCGUACAGCUACUUCCUAGAAUUUGAAUUCCUGUGUUAAUUUUCAGAACAGUAUGUACGAUUAAGAGUUUUAAUUUAAAAAGU